UGGUGACAAGGCAGGGAACCCAUGCUGAGCUCUCUGCACACAGCCCCAGUCGGGGAGCGGGAAGCCGAAGACAUGAACAAGGUCUUCUCCCAGGGAGAGAAUGGCCACACUGCUGCUGGACCCAAAGCCCACCCUGGAGGGGAAGCAGGCUGCGGCCACCUCUGCUGCUCGCGUCGCGGGGCCUGUCUCUCUGCCUCUCUGCUGCUCCUCCUGGCAACUCUGGCGGCCCUCAUCGCCUUGGUCACCAUCCUUGGACUCCCAUCACGCACCCCAGGAGCCCAAGCUUGUAUAACACUGACAAACAGGACAGGCUUCUUGUGCCACGACCAGAGGAGCUGCAUUCCAGCCAGUGGGGUCUGUGAUGGCGUUCGCACCUGUACCCAUGGCGAGGACGAGGAUGAGAGCUUGUGCCGAGAUGUGCCCCAAAGCCUCCCCCACUUCCUUGUAGCCCACUGUGGAGACCCGGCCUCCUGGAUCUACUCAGACCAAAAAUGUGAUGGCACUAACAACUGCGGGGACUGUUCAGAUGAACUGAGCCCAGUGACUGUGUGCCCACCCUGCGGCCCUGGGUGGUGGCGCUGUCCUUCAACCUUCUUCAAGUACUGCGACUGUAUCCCGAGGCGUCUCUGCCGCGACCAUGUACAGCACUGCUCCGACUGGUCCGAUGAGUAUGCCUGUCCCGGACCCUGAGUGGGCCACUCAGGCCAGCAUGGAAGGCUGGCUGGAAUGGCACUGAUAACCCUUCACAUGAAAAGCGAAUCCUAGUGCACGAGGGCAGGAAGCAGCCUUUGAAAUGGGAUCUACACAUCAUUUCUGAAUAGGAAUUUUCUCUCCUGCUUUCAAGUUGUUCAGCCUCUGCUUGAAUGCCUCCAAUGACCAGCAGCUCAUUACCAUGUUAGGUGUCUUCUAACAAAGAUGAGGUGGUGAAAACCCGUCUCUACCAAAAAUACAAAAAUUAGCCAGGCAUGGUGGCGCACACCUAUAGUCCCAGCUACUAGGGAGGCUGAGGUGGGAGGAUUGUGUGAACCCAGGAGGUCAAGGCUGCAGUGAGCUGUGACCACACCACUGCGCUCCAGCCUGAGUGACAGAGUGAGACCCUGUCUCAAAAAAAUGAAACAAAACACAAACACAAACAAAGACGAAGGGAAUCUGCUUCCAUGAUUUCAUGCCUGUCUCUGGGGCCACACAGAGGAAAUCUGCUAACUGCUCCAAGACAGACUUGUGGAUCCUAAUCUCAUCAUCCCUUAGAGUGAUGAUAUAUCUGGGGCUUAAAUGACAAGCCGAGUUUAGCCUUCACGGAUGGCACAUACGUGAAACAUAUGCCACUUCUUACCCCUUUGGUACCUAAGGCAGAUAUACUGGGCUUGGAUGCAACCUUAGCAUCUUCCCCAGUUCAGUUAACCCAGCAGGCUCUACUGAUUUAACCACGUGACACAGCACAUGAAACAGGAUAUCUGGCAUCCUACCAGUGGGAAGCCACCCCAGGAAGCUCCGAGCUAUAGAAUAGAAGAUCUGGAGAAAGAGCAGCUUGAAGGGCUCCUCACCAGUCUUCUGUCUGUCCACCCUGCUCUCCACCCCAGCACUCCCCACCCUCCACUCUAUGCCCAGCUGCCCAACUAAACAGCCUAGUUUUCUGGAAGUAGGGACUAUAUUUUGAUCCUGGAGCCUGAAUGAGCUGCUUCUGUGCUUAUCUUUCCAGCUUCACACCACCCAGGCAGGCAAGGAUGAAUAUUUCCAUUAGAUGGAUUAGAAAACUGAGGCCCAGAGAGGACAAUGACUUGUCCAGAAUCAUACAGAAAAGUCAGUGCUGGAACUGGGACCCAAACACAGUCUAUGGCACCCCAGCCCAGAAGCCUUUCCAGCUACCAGUGUGAUUAUACCUUGGCCAGGGCAGAGUCUCUGCAGGGUAUUUUAAAACUGAGCUUGUCAGAUACAGUGGCUCACGCCUAUGAUCCCAGAACUUUGGGACACUGAAGUGGAAGUGUCCCACUUGAGCCCAGGAGUUCGAGGCCAACAUAGGGAGAACCUGUCUCUACAAAAAAUAGGAAAAAAAUAGCCGGGUGGGGUGGUGCAUGCUUGUAGUCCCAGCUACUCAGAAGGCUAAAGUGGGAGGAUUGUUUGAGCCUGGGAGAUUGAGGCUGCAAUGAGGCGUGAUCAUGCCACUGCACUCCAGCCUGGGCAACAAACCCUGUCUCAAAAAAUUUCUUUUUAAUAAAAAUAAAAUAAAACAUGAGAUUGAGGGUCAGAAAGUGAGACCCAUCUUCUGAAAGAGAGGCUUAGGAUCUGCCUGAUGGGAGGGCUCCUGUCGAGGGAGACAGACAUAUCCCCACUGAAAAAUUAAUAAAAUUGGUUUUACAUAUCA